UACGAUGUGUCUGGAGUGCCGGAAGAGCGCAUACAACAUGUCAUCGAGCAAGACUGGAUCCGUCUCAUCCGCCAGAAAGCCGUCCUCGACAGCCCCGCAUACCUCCGGGAGCAGGGAAAGCCUGUCGUCGCGCUCUGGGGGUUUGGUCUGUCCGACCGCCACCACAAUCCCGAUACCCCGCGGAGGAUUGCCCGCUUCAUCCGCAACAAUACACCCGGUGGUGCGUAUAUCGUCGCUGGGACUCCGGCCCAUUGGCGGACGUCGCGCAUGGAUGCCGACGCGAACCCCGAGUUCGUGUCGAUGUGGAUGGAAGAGUUUGAUGCGAUCUCUCCCUGGAGCGUGGGCCGGUACGGAGAUGAGCAAGGAGCGGACAAGUUUGAGGAGGAGAAUAUCAAGGGAGAUGUGGAGAUGAUCAAGGAGCACAACGACAAAUGGGAGCUCAAUCGGGACACUAUGAGGAAGAUUGACUAUAUUCCGGUCGUGUUUCCUGGCUUCACG